UAGCAGGCCAACAGCUCACACCCAAAUUCCCCAACCCUAGCUUGUGUACCAGCCGCCUCCUGGACCAAUCCUCUCGUCCAUCUUCCUCCAGCUUGCCGAUGGUGGCGACGAUCCGGUGCCUACCAGGGCGAGUAUGCCUAGCGGAGGUGCCAUUCAAGCUCCUAUUCGUCUUGUCGCUGGCGGUCUGGCUGCCCAAGCGGACCUCGCCCUGUCCUAAGCGAACAAGAACUGGAUGGUACUCUGCUCCGGCUACCAGAGGUCGACCUCGCCCCAUCCUUUUUUCUACCCCAAGCCGCCAUUCUCCACAUGUCGCCACCCACCCCACCGAAGCCGGAGAAGAAAACUCCAAUCUGAAGGAAGUCUAUGCAUGGCUGUGCAAGCUUUCACACCCUUUGGAUCUGGAGCCUAUGUUCAUAUUUUCUCAAGGUGGAUUGAGCCGAUGAAGGGUAUAUAGAGUUCAUGGAGGUUGCCAUAUAUUCCAACAGAUGAAGCUCGAGUAGCAACAAUCACUAAAAUAGGAGGCAAAAUGAUAGAUCUUGUUUGGCAUGUACCAUCAGGUCCUACUCGG